GAACCAUAGAUUUAUAAAUUAUGAUUUUUUCCUGCAAUUAAUUAAAUUUGUCUUCACAGGGGCUCAAGUGGGAAAAAUCGAAAGGGAAAGUUACAAAAUUUUUUCUUUCAUUUUAAUCGAAUGAAAACAACCUGUUGUUGAUCACACACAAUCAAUCAACUGAUCAUCCAUCACCAAAAGUUGCCAUUGUUAUCAGCUUACAAUCGACUGUUCGUAAGUUGUAAUCAGUUGAAGUAACUGCUAGCAUUGGACAUUGAUGGGUGGUUUUGAUGACCAUGGUGGGAUAAUUGGAGAUUGGAUGCCCCCUAGCCCUAGCCCACGGUCUUUAUUCGCGGCUAUGUUGGGUGAUGAAAUGGGUUCAUGGUCAGGGCCUGUAAAGUAUGAUAACAGUAAUGAUGGUGGGUUCACCUUUCCUGGGCCAGAUAGGCCCAUUGACGGUGAGGGUACUCAAAGGGGACAAAUGGUUACUCCAGUGGGUGAACUUGGGGACCAGAAAGCAGGCCCACGGGCUGGUCUUGGUGAAAGGAUUGCAGCUAGAACUGGUCAUAAUGCUCCUCGGUUGAAUACCGCUAUUGUUAAGCCUGCGUAUGGUGCACAAAACCAACAAUUUCAGUCACCAUACUUGACAGUGUCACCUGGUCUCAGCCCAAGUUCUUUUCUGGAAUCACCUGUUUUUCUGUCAAACUCACUGGUUCAACCAUCUCCAACAACUGGAAAAUUCCAGUUUGCUUCAAACGGAAACAAUAAUGAUAAUACGAGUAAAGAUAACUUCUUUAAGGAUUCUAAUAGCAUUUCCUUUGCCUUUAAACCUUUCCUAGACUCGGCUCCAAUACCCUCUAACCAUGUCAAUCCACCUUUUAUGUCUGCACAAUCUUUCCAAAGUGAUGAAGCUUUAAUCCAAAAGAGUGAACCGGCCCAAAAUCACUCAGGUUUUACUGAAAAGAAGAACCUUUCUCUACAAAUGGCUCCAAUCGAAGCUCGUAACGGCAAUUCCGGUCCAACUCAGCAGCAUCAUGACGCAGAUCAGAGUACAAACGGUAAUGCUAACAGUGAUGACGGAUAUAACUGGAGAAAAUAUGGUCAGAAACAAGUUAAAGGAAGUGAGUAUCCUAGAAGCUAUUAUAAAUGCACUCACCCAAGUUGUCCUGUGAAAAAAAAAGUUGAGCGUUCUUUCGAGGGUCAUAUUACUGAAAUUAUAUACAAAGGGGCACACAAUCACCCGAAACUUGCUCCUGCACGUAGACCGGGAAUUGGGUCUUCAAGUGUGUUGAGUGAUAUAAGUGAACAAACUGGGAAUCGGGUUGAUGGUGGUCCACUUUGGGGGCAAGAAAGUAAUUUCGAGGUGACAUCAUCAGCGAUGGUUAUGCAGGGUCAGAAUGGUCAAUUUGAAUCUAGCGAUGCCGUUGAUGGGUCUUCCACUUUUUCAAAUGAUGAAGAAGAUGACCGUGCAACACAUGGCAGUGUAUCUCUCGGGCAUGAUGGUGAAGGAGAUGAAUCUGAGUCAAAAAGAAGAAAAGUUGAAGCAUAUGCAGCAGAUGUAAGUGGGGCAACCAGAGCCAUAAGAGAACCUAGAGUUGUUGUCCAAACGACCAGUGAGGUUGACAUUUUGGAUGAUGGGUAUCGCUGGCGCAAGUACGGGCAGAAGGUCGUGAAAGGAAACCCAAAUCCAAGGAGUUACUACAAGUGCACAAGCGCAGGCUGCACAGUGAGAAAACAUGUCGAAAGGGCGUCACAUGACCUUAGAUCAGUUAUAACAACAUACGAAGGGAAGCACAACCAUGAUGUCCCAGCUGUGCGUAACAACAGCAGCCAUAACAACAGUGCAAGUCAACCUCAAGUUCAAAUGCCUGGGGGGGUUUCUCGUGGUCAAAACACCAUGCCUCCGCUCGAAAGGCCUCCCUAUGGUUUACCCAAUGGUCAGCACCUGGGUUCUGCUUCAACCCAUGGCUAUGGUUACCCAAUGAGCCAACAAGGACCAAGAGGGCUAGCUCAUAUGGCCAUGGCUAACCAAGGGAAAAUGCCUGUUCUUCCGCUUCAUCAUUAUUUGAAUCAACCACAACAAGUGAAUGAAAUGGGACUGAUGGUGCCAAAAGGCGAGCCGAAGGUGGAGCCCAUCGCUGAUCCUGGCCUGAACCUAGCCAGCAGUGCAGCGAUUUACCAUCAGAUGAUGAACGGGUUACCGCUUGGGCAUUAGAUGUAAAGUUCGAUAAAAGUAUGCAUUCUUUUUGGCAAGGAGUAGAAAUAUUUAAACUUGAUAUCACAUUAUAUUUUUUGUUACAACUUUUAGGGGUUUUCUUUUUUUAAGUAUUUAUUUCAAGAAUUUGAAGUUACA